AUGAGGUGGUCAUUUUUGGUGAUUUCAGCUGCUACACUGAUGCUCCGCAACUCUAUGGCAAGUACAAUCAGAAGUGAUUCAAUCCUCAACUAUGGAACAACUUCUUCUGCUUCCAAGCUCUCAUGUAGAACAUCGGAUACCUUGACGACCUGUCUAAAAAUGAAAUCUUUGGCCUUCUUAGAGAAUCUAGUAGAGAACGACAACCCAAUACCUUUGUUCGGAGGUACAGUGGCCGUGGUGAGAAGCUUUGACGUCGGUGAACAACCGAUGACCGGAAUAAGUGAUAAAGAGUUAUCUCCAAAUCUACCAAAGGACAAGAAACUGAAAGAGGCUACACUUGAUAAACUCAUCUCUUCAUAUGCUGCGAAGUUUGUCCAAACCCGAUCUCUACAGAUUCGUCUUCCGAGUAUGUCUCCUUGGAAUUUCUCCAGUAGCUUAGAUGAAGGCCGGAAGAAGAAGGGUGGUGGAGGUUGGGCCAUCCUGAUGGCAGGAGGGAUGAUGGGCGCCCUCGGAAUCGGCUCCCUGGCCCUAUUAGCUGGGAAGGCUCUCAUGGUCAGUUUGAUGGCUCUCAUGCUGUCUGGUCUGGUGGCCCUCAGGAAGGGCGGAGGGGGAGGAGGCGACCACGAUGCAGCCACCUACGAGGUCAUCAACGUCCCUACCGGCCACGGUCACCACAGGAGAACCUUCUCGCCUUUUGGCUACUCCAGGAGCCUGGAAACUGGCUUUGAUCUUCCUUCGAGGCACGAGGGAGACAUUACAGCGACGGAUUUGGCCUACAGAGCCCAUGUGGAAGGAUUACAAAAAACCGGCUCAACUUUGUGAGGUGUUCCAAAAAAAUCACAUGCGAUUUUAUUUAGAGAAAUAUGUAUCUCUUAAAUAUAAAAAUUUUAAAGUGUCUUUGGUUGACAUA